AUGGGAUCGUUUGGGGUCUUUGGGGCUGGACCGGAUUUAAUGGGGUCUGGGCUUGGCAAAAUUGGAGCAAGAUUUGGGCCGCUGAUCACUGGCCCACCUUUAAGGCAAGAAUGCAUAGAACAAGAAAAGGAAGCUUUGUUAGAAGUGGAGAAAUGGAGUGACAUUGAGGAGCAGGUGUUGAGGCAGAAGUCUAGAGAUGCUUGGGUUCAACAUGGAGAUGCAAAUACCAAGUACUUCCAUGCUCAGUGGAAGAUGCGUACUAAUACUAAUGCUAUUGUUUCUAUUCAAAAUGAUGCAGGUAUUAAAUUAACAGAUCCUAAACAGGUGGAGGAGAAAUUUCUAGACUUCUUUAAGAAAUUGAUGGGUGCGUCAUCACCAAUGCACCCUUGUCCAGAUGCUGAGGUGAUCAAAAAGGGACCUUGUCUAACAAGGCAACAACAACUGGAGCUGAUCAAGGAAGUCACAGUGGAGGAGAUAAUGGGAGCUAUUAAAAGCAUGCCAACUGACUGGAAGCUACCAAAGGCCAUCAAUAACACUGCUAUUACUCUAAUUCCUAAAGUUCCUAAUCCUACACAUGUUAAGGACUUUAGGCCAAUAGCAUGUUGCACAACUAUUUACAAGAUUAUCACAAAGAUCAUCACUGGGAGAUUAAAAGCAGUAAUGAACUAUUUGGUGGGGGACGCUCAACAGCUUUCAUUGAAGGCAGGAAUAUAA